GUUCCGUGAGAGUUUUGGUGAGAAAUUGACAGCCGCGUAGCGUAGCUUGUCAGUCAAUUAGCUCAAGUGAAGAGAAAAAAAUAACAAAAUAGAGAAAAACACGCCACCGAAAACAUCGAAUUUAGAGAAUGUGACGGGAAUCCCUGAGAAAAAUUGUGAAUGUUUCAACAACAAUAUCACCACGUAAUGUGUAAAUUGGGCUGUAGUGAAAUUGUGAGGAUAUCAAAGAAAAAACUCCUUUGUUCCGAAUGAAAUUCACCGUGAAUAUUGUGAAGAAAAAGAGAAAGGAAAGUGAAUGCGACAAACGAAAUUGUUUUGAGUGUUUAGCGAAACGCAACAGCAGUAGCAGCAAUAGCGAAGUGAAUCAAUUAAAAAAAAAAUUGGUGUCUGUGUCAAAAUCAAAAUUUCCCUUUUUCGUUUAUACAUUUUAAAAUAAUUGAUUUGGUUGAAGAGAAUCACAGAAUAAAAAAAUCAGUGGAAAUAAUUUAGGGGGAAAAAAGGAGAAACGAAAACCUAUUUGUUAUCUACCACGAUAGAAAGGUAGACGACGGUGUGCGUUGUGCUUGCCGUUGUGCAUAAUCGGUUUGUGUGCGUGUGCAGCUGGGCAGGCAUAAUGCUCUUGAAAUCGCACAUUUUCUCAAAUGUGCUGCUUAUCGUAAUUCUGAUCGAUUCGAUUGUUUUACACAAUGCCACUCAUAUCACCGGUACAUUUCGUACCACAGAAUUCUUUAAAUUUCUGGCCAAAUUCGGUUUUCAAAAGACCGAACGACAUUCGCAACGUGACUCAUUCGGCUAUAUCUAUGGUAAUAUAACAUCGAAAGAGCAAUUCCCCGUGAAAAUCACAUUCGCUGUGCUGGACAAACACAAUUUUGAACCAUUAUACGCCAGCCGAUCGUUGGUCAACCGCGAUGCAGCAUGCCAAAAAAUGUUUUCGACCAUCGAUCAAUUUGCAUUCGAUAAGGUUUGCCGGCCACAAAAGGACACACUCGACUUCUUGCGACACAUACCAUGUCCACGGGAUCAACUGUGCGAAGACGAAGAUACGCCAUUAAAUGUGAUACCGGGUCAUCAAUUCACAUAUGUAAUCAGCGAUUUAAAUCAGCCCAGAUUCUGGUAUAUUUCGCUGGUUGCCUGCUAUCGUGAUAACAUUACAUGUACCUGGCAUCAUUUUGAUCCGCACAAAUUUCGUACCGCAUCCAAAUCGAAUGCAACCAACGAGAAGAAUCAUCGUUACAUGAAUGCUGAUUAUGACUAUGAGAUUAGAUAUGACAUUCGGUUGGUGAACGGAAAUCCGAAUCGAUCGUCAUCGAAUCCAUUAACCUUUCAAUUCUCAUUCGAUCAACAAAACAUACUCGAAAUGAAUCUGAUCUUUUUGACGGUCUACUUGAUAUUGGUGCCAAUUCAAAUCUAUGCUGUACGAAUACAACGCCAUCCCGUCACAAAACUUUUUACAUUAAGUCUGAUACUCGAGUUUGUCAGCCUUGUAUUUAUGCUGGGCUAUUAUAUCCGGUACACUAUUGGUGGCAUCGGAAGUGAUACCGUCAAAACUAUCGGCGAUAUACUGGAUAUUCUCAGUAGGUCAACAUUUAUGUUGAUAUUACUGUUGCUUGCCAAAGGAUGGGCGGUUACUCGACAACAGGUCACAAAAUCUGGGUGGACAUUACUUAUGUCAGUUUGGGUGCCAUAUUGUGUUUUUCACAUCGUGCUGUACGUGUGGAACCGAACCGAGGUUGAUAUCAUAUCAGAUAUAGAUGAGUAUCAAACAUGGCCGGGUCGAUUGCUUCUGGUAUCUAGAUCAUCCAUUAUGCUAUGGUUUUUAUGGGAACUACGAAACACAAUGAAAUACGAGCAUUCAACGAGAAAAUUGGACUUUUUGCUGCAUUUCGGUGCAUCCAGUUUGGUUUGGUUCAUUUAUUUACCGAUUGUUGCAAUUGUCGCAAGUCAAGUCAGCCCAUUGUGGCGAUACAAACUUUUAUUAGGUAUUACGAAUUCAGCCGAUUGUUUAGGCUAUUGUGUGAUGACUGGGUUGUUAUGGCCAAAUCGUGCUGGUCAGUAUUUGCUGCUGGCGAGUACAAAAUAUUCAGGUAUGGAUGAAUUGGAUGAAUUUAAUGAGGCGCCACAUUCGUUGCGUAGCGAAGCAAGUAGUUUUCAUGAGAUUCCACACGAUGAUAUGGAACGCAUCGAUUUGGACGAUGAUGACGAUGACGAUGACGAUGAUCAAAAUCAAAUAAUCAAUAUAUUAGAUCGUACGAUACCAGGCCAAAUACGUGCGACUGAUUUACUUUCAGACGACACAACAACCAUAAUUCAGGGUGAUAAUCUAAUGUUUGAUGACACAACACAUUCAAUAUUUAAUUCCAAUGGAACCAUAAAUAAGCCGCCAAAUAGUGGUCAUGCAGUGACAAUGGCGGCGAUAGCGACGGUAUCGGACACCAGCACCAGUAGUAAUAAUAGUAAUAAUUUUAGCAAAAGUGAUAAAGUGACGAACAGUGCUAACGGUGCAAUCGGUGAUGUUUUAAUUUUAACCAACAAAUCUAAGCAAACGUACGGUAACAAUAGUCAUAAUGCGUGAUUUAAACUUAUUAGAAUUGCAUUAGUCGCGUGAAAUCGAUUUAUCAUUUCAUUUUUUUUUAAUGUCUUCUUCAUCAUUUCAAUUCUCGCCGCAAUUUAAAAAAUGGAAAUGAGAUUUGCCAAGCCAACAAUAACAACUAAAAUAUCAACGGAACAACAAUCAGCUUUGUAGAAAUGCAAAAUCAAUCUUUAGAAUGUAGUGUUUUUCUUUUUCUUUUGGAAUGAAUGUUUCAUAUAUUUUACGGAGAUUUUCACUCUCACUCCAUAACAUCGCUUAUGCUGAACUCCAAACGAAAACUAUUACGCCGCCAACGAAAAAUAUCCUGAACAAUUUUAACAAUAACAAAUAGCUGCUUAUUAUGAAUGAAAAAGAACAGAAAAAAAAUGAAACAGAGAAUUAUAUAGAUAUAUAUAUAUAUAUAUUUACUGCAAUACUCGUUAGCAAAUCGUUUAUAUUUAUGUAUUUCCAAAUGUGCACCAAUAGCCGAACAAACAUGAAAGAAAAAAAAAAUAACUGAUACAUAGGAGAAAGCUUUAUUGAUGGUCAAAUUGUAAAUUUAUGCCUUACCUAAUUUUAAUUGUCAUCAUUGUAUCAAAUGUCACAUACACACACAUACUUUUUAUAGUUCUUUCUCUUUCUCUCUGUCGCUCGCCGAAGAGUGAGAGAUUAGGACGCACUGACACAUUGAUAAAGCAUUCGGUAUAAGUAAAAAAAACAGAAAUACAUACACAAAUUUUAUAGCUAGUGUCGGAAUUGUAGUCGAUGGGAUUUAUUGUUAAAAUUUUGUGUGCGCAUUUUACGACUCAUUUUUUUUUCGUUUGCCACCGCCAAAAUUGUCAAUUCAAAAAUAAAUGGAUUAUUUCAAAA